AUGCUCAUGUUUGUGGUGCUACGAGCAUACACUAGAGUAUUUGUGACACGCCUAUUCGGCAUAGACGACUAUCUCUGCCUUUUGUCGGCUGCUAGUGUCACCACCGCCAGCGCAUUUUUACUAUCUAUUCUUGGCGAUCCCCUUGGGCCUCAUCAGUGGAACGUCCCAUUAACAGCCAUUACCCACAAAUAUGUAGUGAACUCUUUUGUCGCGGUGUGCAUGUAUGCCGUCAGCUCAAUGUUUACCAAAUGCACGCUCCUUGCGUUUUACCUCCGGGUGUUCCAACCCAAUAGGACGGCCAGGAUCAUGGCGUGGGCGGGUAUAGUAAUCAUUGUGCUUUUUUACGUCGUCAGUAUCAUCUACCUCUUGGUUCAAUGCGUCCCAGUGGACCAAGAGCUCCCCGGUCUCGACCCGACGGAAUGGGAGGAACGAGCACGCAACAACCGCUGCGGGCGGCGAAGCAUCGACGUCUCUGCCGCACAAGGUCUGGUCGGUGCUGUUACGGACCUUUACGUUCUCGCAAUACCCAUUAGCUCUGUACUUGCUCUUCGCCUCCAGAAGAAGCGUAAACUCGGUGUCCUAGGCAUUUUCUUGACUGGCUUGCUGGCAUGCAUCUGCUCUGCUGUUGCCGCAUACUAUCGUUGGGGGUCAAGAGAUACGAAUGACUACACAUGGGACUCGGUGCUACUUUGCUCUUUGGCCUCAGCUGAGCUCAAUGUGGGCAUCAUAUGCAGCUGCAUGCCGAUAGUGUUCGUGCUUUUCAGAGGCUCUGCCACAUUCAGUCCCUGGAGUUCUCUUGUGCGAUAUCUUAGGACUCGAGGCAGACACAGCGCGGGCACGAACUCCAACCAGCCCAAAGAUCCUUUUUCCGGACUCUCAGACGAGGAUCCAACGCUUCCACAGUUCCAACGCAGGCGGCUGACAGGCCUUCACACCUUUAUCCAUAAAUCUCAUCGCUCACCCCCACCACAGGGCAUUACUGUCAUGACCGAACUGUCGACUUACAGGACUCUAGCUUCUGUCGAGGAUACAUAUCAUGAGCAGUUGAAGCGCACAUACCUCGAAGGCUAUCAUGCCAAAUACUCCAUUUCCUCCGAGUCGCACGCCGCUCUAAACGCAAAUUCCGCACCUCGGGCUUAUUUUGCCGGUCCGGCCGAGUUCUGUUCGCAGGCAUAUAGCCACGAUCAGGCCUACCCAUCUGCCCACAUGAGCCGUCCAUCACACGAGAUCUCCUCGACUGAGCAAUCUACAGUGGGCCGUGCAAUCUGA